UUCUCAUGGUUAGCUAGAGUGCGAAUGUCUCUAGUCAGUGGUGUAUCUCAGCCUUGUGCCGUUGUGGACGUGUCGUGGCAGUGCGACCUUCUUUCUGACAGCAAUGUGUUCAGCGAAUCAACAGCUACUCAGCUGAUCAGGACGGUUCCUUGUUCCCUGCGCCUGUGUCUGUGCCGGGGGAUCAUGGUGGAUGGCGUGACGGGGAUAAGCAAAAGUUGUCGCUCAGCUGAUCGAGGAAGCGUGAUUGGCCCUAGCGUCUAGGGGGUCGCGACGCGCUGAAGUAAAAAAAGGGGCGAGAUCGAGAGGGACGUUCUCCCAACGAUACACCAAGACGUGAGGUCCCACACCCCAACGCAACGCAGUGUUCUGUCGUGUCUCCAAACAGCUAGCAUACUAGUCGGUUUGUGGGUUAGUUGCAGCUUCCUACAGCGAUGGAUUCACGAAAGCGACGAAAGUCCAAGAAAGAGCCAGCAGAAGCAGCAGAGAGUCGGGCAGAAGCAGAAGAACCUGUCGAGGGUGGAAGCGGCGACGGCUUUGACUUCUUGAGCGAAACUGACGGCGCAGGGAAGGGACGGAAGCGCACCUCGCCGACAAAGAAACCGCCAUUGUCUCCCAAGCCAAAGCGGGUACAGCGUUCCGGCUCACCGCCAUCUCUUGCUACUGAGGCCGAUACUCUGGGAGGGUCUGAUCCUCUAUCUGCGCAAGAGGAGACUAAACCGCGCUCCAGUUCUAAGACAGACGGUGCAGAAGGCAGUUCAAAGACAAAGUCGAGCUCAACUGCCGCCAAGAAACGUGAAAGUCCUGCCACGAAGCGAUCCGGUGCUGCAGCAUCAGGAAGCCCAAGCACACGGAAAGCGGCCUCGAGUCCCAGCUCAAAACGCGCCAGCGGCAGCCCCCAAGCAAAGAAAUCUGUCACAAAGAAGACUGCAUCAGACAGUCCCUUGACAAAGAGAGGUGAUAGCCGCAGAUCUCCCAGCCCGGGUCUCAAAGGCAAAGCAAAGUCAAGCCCUCCAACUGGCAAACCACGCAAGUCCCCAACCACAAUGGACUCACCACGGCUUGACGAUAGCGAUGAAGAGCUGUUCAAAUCGAAAGCAGCUGCUCCAGCAAAGCGCACUGCAGCAGAUGAUUUAUUUGGAGAUGAAGAUGAAGGUGAUUCUCCAAUGGCAGGAGAAAAUGCCAAGCCUGUCAAUGACUUUGAAGAGGACGCGGAGUUUGCCAAGUCCCUCACGACCAAUGCCAAAGCUUCCGACUCGGCACUGCGAUCACAGGUCUCCAAGCUUGAGUCCGAGAACUCCGAUCUCCAACACUCGCUCAAGGAGACGAAGAUGGAGCUAGACGAAACCAACCAGACCAAUAAGGAGCUGAAGGAGAAGCUGCGGAAGUCGCGCGAGAAACACGUCUUGCUGCAGGAUGACUAUGACAAGCUACAGGAAGAGUGGGAAGAGAUGCAAGAAGAGCACAAGACUCUCAAGUCCGAGAACACCAAGGCCAGGCAGCGGGUCAAGGAUCUACAGGAGCAAGUGGAGGAAGCCGAGUCUCACAGCAAGGCCAGCACUGGGGAUGCCGAGAAAGAGUUGAAUACCCUGCAAGAUGAGCGCAGCGAAUUGCGCAAGAAGGUGAGAGAGCUCAAGAGCAGCAGCGAGGAGGCAGGCGAGAAGCAGAGAGAAGCCGAGCUACUCCUUACCAAGGUUCGUACUGAACGGGACGAGCUGCGGUCAAAGGUGAAGACAGAGGAGAACGAUCGACUUGCGGCAGAAGAGAAGGAACGUCAACUACAAAUUGAGGUGGAGAGGCUCAUGCGACAGCUGGAGACUGCGGUGGCAAGUGCAGCACAGGCCAAACCAACUUCAACAUCCACCACCCGGACAAAGGGAGAUACAGAUAAGCCUGCUGCUAAGGACGAUAAGAAGCCGGUGAAGAAAGUCUCUGCCACUUCUAAGCCUAAGGACGAGGAGAAGAAGCUGGAUCUCAAGGCCACUGACAGCAGCUCAGACCUGGCCAGUACUCCAGCCAGCACCAGUGCAUCCACCAGUGCCAGCGCAUCUUCCAGCACCGCCACAACACCCACCGACGUGGCCGAUCCGGGAGCGUGGAGAAAGAGUCUGCGAAAGCGAGGCACCCAGCCGGAUGCCGAGAAGAAAUCCGCAGCAGCUUCAGCACGCCUGUCCUCCCCUCCAACUGUCAGUGAGGACGACGGUGAGCAAGGUUCUCAGCCUCGAAGCAGAUCUGGUGCCACGGCAACGAAACCUGGCAAACCAGCUGGCAAGAAGCCUGACUUGCCCGCACGAAAGCCAAGCCUAACACCAUCACCAACGCCGGACGACAAACCAAAGAAGACUGAACCAGCAGCAGCCGCCCCGAAGAAGACGGUCACGGUCGUUGAUACUAAGCCAUCGGAGAAGGCCGCAAUGUCCGAGGCAAGCGCAUCGCCGGCGUCAAACGCUGCACCAGCCAAGACGGUGGUAACACGGCAAAAGAGCGAUAACUUUGAUGAGAAGGCGGCGAGAAGGCAAACGUGGGGAGGUGGUCCGAAGUUUGGCGGUGCCUCGACGGAGAAAUGUGCUAUUUGCGAGAAAACUGUGUAUGCCAUGGAGCGGCUGGAGGCAGAUAAGGAAGUUUUCCAUAAGAACUGUUUCCGCUGUCACGAAUGCAAGAAGGUUCUGGGGCUGGGUAGUUAUGCUUCGCUUUCAGGCCAAGUUUACUGUAAGCCUCACUUCAAGCAGCUCUUCAAGCUGAAAGGCAACUACGACGAGGGCUUUGGCCGUGAGCAGCAUAAGAAGAACUGGGUCAAGGAAUAAGGCUCCCUUGAUUUUGUGUGCAUUUGAGCUCACACGGUGUCAGGACUUGCUACCGGGCCUCUGGCGAUCUUGCAUUUGUGUGGAUGUCGUUCCCGGGAAAUUCAGCGCGUGUACAUGUACAUGUGCAAGAUGUGUGAUGUUUCUCUCCCAUCAUCUGCUUGUCACUCUCAAUCGACUCGUUGACACCGUGAACACGAGCAACAAUAAUUAUUAUUAUAUUCCCCGGCCUGUCCUUCCCGCCAUCUGCAUUGUAGGCCGUCUGUGAAAUAGAUGAUGUGUCUUUUAGGCAUCUUUUUUUUGAAUACUUAUUAUUAUAGCAUCUCCAUGUAUCGGUUUCGUUUCACUGCACUGAACAGUUGUUUUAAGGGCAUUUGUUUCUAUCUUUAUUUACAGUUUCUCCGUGGAUAUCAUUAUAAUAUUUUUGUGGUCUUGCA